UGUAAAUACUGUUUCUUUUAGCAUCAUAUUUUUAAACCGCCAAUAGUACUAAAAAUAUACCAAAAUGGCCAACAAGAGGAAAAUGAUUGAUGGAGUGGAAACAUCCAAAUUUAGCAGAGAAGAACUCGAAGAAUUUGCUUAUAAACUAAAAGAAGCAAACGAUAGAGAACGUGAGGAACGAAACUAUUUUCAAACCGAAAGAGACAAAUUUCGAACGUACUGGGAAAUUACUAGAAGCGAAUUAGAGACGACAAAAGCCGCUCUGCAAAACAGGGAUAGACAACUUGAAGAAGCAGAUGAAAAAAAUGCGGAAGAACUCAGAUUCUACAGACAGAAAGUGAAACAUCUUCAAUACGAACAUCAAAAUAGUCUGAAUGAUUCCCAAGCAGAGACCUUGAUAGCUUUCAAGAAAGUCCAGGAUCAAUUUACCACUCAAGAAAAAGAACUGUUGCAGGACAAAAGAAAAUUACGAGGUAUGCUCAAAGAACAAGAAUUGAGUGGUUUAGAUCAGAUCAAAGCUAUCAAACUACAAGGUAGCGAGGAGAUAGGAAAAGCCAGAGUUCAAUUCGAAGCAAGAGCUAAGGAGUUAGAAAUCAGGUAUGAAAAGAAGUUCAGCGAUUUAAUACAACACUUAACGUCGAAAUAUGAAAUGGAAAUAUCCGAAGUUGAAGAACGAAAAAACGGACAUAUCUCCGAAUUGAUAAAGCACCACGAAAAAUCCUUUAACGAAAUGAGAAACUAUUACAACGACAUCACAUUGAACAAUCUAACUCUGAUCAGCACUCUGAAAGAUGAAAUGGAAAAACUGAGGAAGAUAAAUGACAGAAUGACAAAACAGGUGUCUGAUUUAACAGCAGAAUUAAAACGUUUAAAAAUUCCUUUAUCGAAAGCUGACGAAACUAUAAACGAUUUAAAGAGGCAAUUGGUAAAUUACGAAAGAGACAAGAUCACUUUAAGUAACACUAAAGUAGUAUUGGCGCAAAAAGACAAGGAAUGUAAAGACUUGCGAUGGUCUUACGAUGCUUUAGAAUUACGAUUCGAAACAUUGCAAAAGGAAAGAGACGAAUUGCAUAAUAGAUUUGUCAAUGCUGUUUUGGAAGUCCAACAAAAAACGAGUGUCAAGAACCUUCUCUUACAUAGACGUAUCCAGACUCUAAGUCAGGUGGCCGAACAUAGAGAAACAGUCAUUGUGGAACUCCAAAACGCUGCUGCGCAACCACCAGUCAGAUCUAACCAGAAACUGGAGGAGAUCCUAGCUAAAAAGAACGCCACUAUUAGCGAUCUGCAAUAUGAGUUGGCGAGAGUGUGCAAAAUGCACGAUGAUCUACUGGAAACGUUCGAAGAUAAGCUUGUUCAGUUCGGAAUUCCUAAGGUGGAACUUGGAUUCGUUCCUCUAAGAAUCGUUCCGGAAGGUCAAGGUGGUUUAUCAACGGCGCCUGCUGGAUUAGUUGCCAAGAAUCGAUAUUAUGUUACCAGUUGGAUAGAAACAAGAGAAGUGCCUGCAGAAAAGUCGAACUUGAUAAUGCUGUUCGACAAGUACAUACCAUCUUGUUUAGAAAAUGUCAGAACGCGAUUUAAGAAGAUCACGCCUAUUGUUGAAACCUCGCAUCUCUCGAUGCUAUGUCACUUAUUGGACGUUCUGUUAUCGCCUCAAAAUAUACCUUUAGAUUGUCCCAAAGAAUGGUACGAACUCUAUUUUGUUUUCUGCUGCGUAUGGGCAUUUGGGUCGGCCAUGUUUCAAGAACAAGCUACCGAUUAUAGAGUGGAAUUUACAAAAUGGUGGGUGAAUGAAUUUAAGACUGUCAAAUUUCCUCCCGGCGGCACCAUAUUCGAUUAUUUCAUAGAUAAUGAAACCAAACAGUUUGUUUCAUGGACUGAAAAUCUAGGUAGAUUUGAAUUAGAUCCUGAUAUUCCCUUGCAGGCUGUAUUGGUGCACACGGCAGAAUCAAUUCGAGUUCGAUAUUUCUUAGAUCUUCUAAUGAAGAAAAAGACCCCAGUAAUGCUUGUUGGUAACGCAGGUUGUGGUAAAACAGUGCUAGUAAACGAAAAACUAACAUCGCUAUCAGAAAAUUACGCUGUUACAAACAUACCUUUUAAUUUUUACACAACCUCCGAAAUGUUACAGAAAAUCAUGGAAAAACCAUUAGAGAAGAAAGCAGGUCGUAACUAUGGACCCCCUGGUAAUAAGACCAUGGUUUAUUUUAUCGAUGAUAUGAAUAUGCCAGAGGUUGAUGGUUAUGGUACAGUGCAACCUCAUACUUUGAUUCGACAACAUUUGGAUUAUAGACAUUGGUAUGACAGAAACAAAUUAUCUCUAAAGGAAAUCCACAACUGCCAAUACGUUUCCUGCAUGAACCCGACAGCAGGCAGUUUCACGAUCAAUCCGAGACUCCAACGUCAUUUCUGUGUGUUCGCCAUUUGCUUUCCAAGCGGUGAGGCUCUAACGACGAUAUACAAGAGCAUUCUGAGUCAACAUUUGACCAAUCCGGAAUACAAGUUUCCCUCGUACAUCGCCAAAUUAUGCGACAAUGUUGUAGCUGCGACAGUUGCUCUGCAUCAUAAAACAUCACAGAUAUUCUUGCCCACGGCCGUCAAGUUUCAUUAUAUUUUUAAUUUGAGAGAUAUCUCAAAUGUAUUUCAAGGCAUGCUGUUUAGUACUAACGAAUGUUUGAGCCAGCCAACAGAUGUAGUGAGACUUUGGUUGCAUGAAUGUCAAAGGGUUUAUGGGGAUAAAUUAACUGAAGAAAAAGAUAUCGACGCUUUUUCAAAACUUCAACUGGAUACUUUUAAGAAGAACUAUGAAGAAAUUGACGAAUCUAUUGUAUUUGAAAAACCUAAUAUUUAUUGUCAUUUUGCUGGAGGUAUAGGGGAACCAAAAUAUAUGACAGUAAAAAAAUGGACAAAUCUUUCUAAAUUGCUGAACGAAGCAAUGGCAAGUUAUAAUGACUUAGUGGCGGCCAUGAAUUUAGUAUUGUUUGAAGACGCCAUGAUGCAUAUUUGCAGAAUCAACAGAAUUUUGGAAUCCCCACGUGGAAGCGCGUUAUUAGUAGGAGUUGGUGGUAGUGGGAAACAAUCUCUAUCUAGAUUAGCCGCUUUUAUAUCAUCUUUAGAAGUUGCCCAAAUUCAAUUGAAAAAAGGAUACGGAGUUUUGGAUUUGAGAAAGGAGCUGUCCUCGUUAUAUAUGAAAAGUGGAAUGAAAAACGUGGGAAUAAUGUUCUUAAUGACCGAUGCACAGGUACCCAACGAACAAUUUCUGGUCUUGAUCAAUGAUAUGCUAGCCUCUGGAGAAAUACCCGAUAUGUUUCCUGACGAUGAAAUCGAAAACAUCAUCGCAGGUGUCCGCAAUGAAGUCAAAGGUGCCGGGAUACUAGAUACUAGAGAAAACUGUUGGAAAUUCUUCAUCGACCGCGUCAGAAGACAGCUGAAAGUUGUACUUUGCUUUUCACCUGUCGGAUCCACUCUCAGAGUCAGAGCUAGAAAAUUCCCGUCAUUGAUUAACUGCACGCAAGUAAAUUGGUUCCAUGAAUGGCCGCAAGAAGCUCUGGUGUCAGUAGCUCUGAGGUUUCUACAGGAACUAAAAGUUCUACCUGCAGAGCUUCAUGAAUCAUCAGCACGUUUCAUGGCAUACGCACACACAUCCGUCAACCAAAUAUCAAAGCUGUACUUACAAAACGAAAGAAGAUAUAAUUACACAACCCCGAAAUCAUAUCUAGAACAAAUAAACCUUUACUCGAAGCUGCUACGUCAAAAAUGUGAAGAACUACUUUCAAAAGUCAAAAGACUCGAAAACGGUUUGGACAAGCUACGAAGCACAUCAGUGCAAGUCGAAGAAUUGAAGAAGAAAUUAGCAAUACAAGAAAUAGAAUUGAAAGAAAAAAACGAUGCAGCUGAUAGACUAAUAGAAAUAGUAGGUGUAGAAACAGAAAAAGUGUCAAUUGAAAAGAACUUGGCGGAUGAAGAAGAGGAAAGAGUUGCUGUGAUUGCUGAAGAAGUUAGUAAAAAGCAAAGAGAUUGCGAGGAGGAUUUGUUAAAAGCUGAACCGGCAUUGUUAGCAGCCCAGGAAGCUUUGAAUACCCUAAACAAAGCAAAUUUGACUGAGCUUAAGUCGUUUGGAUCACCACCAGGUGCCGUUACAAAUGUAACUGCAGCUGUAAUGGUUCUGCUGGCACCUGGAGGUAAGGUUGCCAAAGACAGAAGCUGGAAAGCAGCGAAAAUCGUUAUGGCAAAAGUGGACGCUUUCCUCGAUGCGCUCAUAAACUACGACAAAGAAAACAUCCAUCCGGAAGUUAUCAAAUCCAUCGAACCGUAUCUUAAAGAUGCCGAAUUCGAACCAGAGUUUGUCAGGUCUAAAUCAGCUGCGGCUGCAGGUCUUUGUGCUUGGGUUAUCAAUAUCAUCAAAUUCUUCGAAGUUUUCUGUGACGUUGAACCGAAGAGAAAAGCCUUGGCGGCUGCUAAUCUUGAGUUGGCUGCUGCACAGGAAAAGCUUAACUCUAUCAAAAGAAAAGUUGCUUCUUUGGAAGAACAACUGGCAAAAUUAACAGCUGAUUUUGAAACAGCUACCCAAGAAAAAUUGUUAUGCCAACAAGAAGCUGAUGCAACUAAUGCUACUAUUCAAUUAGCUAAUAGACUAGUAGGGGGAUUAGCUAGUGAAAAUGUUCGCUGGGCUGAAGCGGUCAACUGUUUCAUAGAAAGUGGAAAAAUGAUGCCUGGGGACGUUUUAUUAACAACAGCCUUCAUUUCCUAUGUGGGUUGUUUUACCAAACAAUAUAGAUUAGAUCUACUUCACAAGCUAUGGCUUCCAUUCAUUAUAAAUUUAGAUCCCAAGGUACCAUUAACAGAAAAUUUGGACCCACUCUCACUUCUUACUGAUGAUACAAUUAUUGCAAAGUGGCAAAAUGAGGGAUUGCCAAGUGAUUUAAUGUCUACAGAAAAUGCUACUAUAUUGUCUAAUUCUGAGAGAUGGCCUCUUAUGAUUGAUCCACAGUUACAAGGCAUAAAGUGGAUUAAACAAAGGUACGGGGAUGAUUUAAGAGUCAUACGAUUGGGACAUAAAAGUUAUUUGGAUGUUAUUGAAAGAUCAAUUACAGAGGGAGUUAAUGUUUUGCUAGAAAAUAUCGAAGAAAAUCUAGAUCCAGUUUUGGAUACGUUACUGGGAAGAUAUCUUAUCAAAAAAGGAAAGGCAAUAAAAAUAGGUGACAAAGAAAUAGAGUACAACCCCAAUUUCCGUUUAAUACUUCACACUAAAUUAGCUAAUCCUCACUACAAACCAGAAAUGCAAGCACAAGCUACCCUUAUCAACUUCACAGUCACACGAGAUGGUUUGGAAGAUCAACUUCUCGCUGAGGUUGUCAAGGCUGAAAGGCCUGAUCUCGAAGAACUAAAGGCCGAUUUAACUAAACAACAAAACGAUUUUAAAAUCAUAUUAAAAUCGUUGGAGGAUGACUUGUUAUCAAGAUUAUCGUCAGCUGGAGGCAACCUUUUAGGAGACACUACCUUGGUUGAAAACUUGGAAACCACCAAAAGAACGGCAGCCGAAAUUGAAGAAAAAGUUGCCGAAGCCAAAAUAACUUCUGCCCAAAUCGAUGAAGCUAGAGAAUAUUACAGGCCAGCUGCAGCUAGAGCUAGCUUAUUGUAUUUUAUUCUGAAUGAUUUGAACACCAUAAACCCAAUUUAUCAAUUUUCUUUGAAGGCUUUCAGUGUUGUUUUUCAAAAAGCGAUUUCCAGGGCAGACCCCGCUGAAACGGUGGCCGCUAGAGUCAAUAAUUUAAUAUCUUGUAUAACUUUCUCAGUUUUUCAAUACACCACAAGAGGGCUCUUCGAAUGCGAUAAGUUGAUUUUUGCUUCGCAAAUGACCUUUCAGAUUCUUUUAAUGAACGAAGAAAUCUUAUCUACAGACCUAGACUUCCUGCUGAGGUUCCCCAUAAAACCGCACGUGACGAGCCCCGUAGAUUUCCUUUCGAAUUCUAGUUGGGGAGGAAUAUGCAGUUUAGCUACGAAAGACGAAUUUAGAAAUUUGGACAGAGACAUUGAAAAUUCGCCGAAACGGUGGAAAAAGUUGGUCGAAUGCGAAAGUCCGGAAAGAGAGAAGUUUCCGCAGGAAUGGAAGAGUAAAACGGCUUUGCAAAGAUUGUGCAUGAUGAGAGCUCUGAGACCAGAUAGGAUGAUAUACGCAAUGAUGGCUUUUAUUGAAGAAAAACUGGGUGCAAAAUACGUGGAAAACAAAACCGUAGAGUUUGACAAAUCAUUCGAGGAAACUAGUCCAUCGACACCCAUAUUUUUCAUUUUAUCUCCUGGUGUAAAUCCACUGAAAGAUGUCGAAAACCUUGGAGAAAAAUUGGGAUUUACAGCGGAAAAACACAAUUUUCAUAACGUCAGUUUAGGUCAAGGUCAAGAAGUUAUAGCCGAAAAUGCUAUGGAGGUUGGAGCCAAAAACGGGCAUUGGGUAGUCUUGCAAAACAUUCAUUUAGUUAAAAAAUGGCUGCCGGCAUUAGAGAAGAAGCUCGAACAAUAUUCUGAAGGCUCUCAUCCCAAUUACAGAGUGUUUAUGAGCGCCGAACCGGCUGCUAGUGCAAGCGCUCAUAUUAUACCACAGGGAAUACUAGAAUCGUCCAUCAAAAUAACAAACGAGCCGCCUACCGGCAUGCAAGCCAACCUACACAAGGCGCUGACCAACUUUAAUCAAGAAACUCUAGAGCAAUGCGGCAAAGAGGCGGAAUUCAAAGUCAUCCUUUUCUCGCUCUGCUAUUUCCACGCCGUGGUGGCGGAACGAAGAAAAUUCGGACCGCAGGGAUGGAACAAAAUAUAUCCGUUUAAUGUUGGCGAUCUGACCAUAAGCGUGUUUGUGCUCUUUAACUAUUUGGAAGCAAAUUCCAAAGUACCUUGGGAGGAUCUGAGGUAUCUGUUUGGAGAAAUAAUGUAUGGGGGACAUAUUACCGAUGAUUGGGAUAGGAGACUAUGCAUUACGUAUUUGGAAGAACUCAUGCAACCUGAUUUGGUUGAUGGAGAAUUGCAGCUGGCUCCUGGUUUCGCCGCUCCUCCAAAUACAGACUACGCUGGUUACCAUCAGUACAUCGACGAUGUGAUGCCUCCUGAAUCACCGUACUUGUAUGGUCUUCAUCCUAAUGCGGAAAUUGGGUUUCUAACAACAACAGCUGAAAACUUGUUUAAAACUGUUUUUGAAAUGCAACCGAGAGACGGAGGUGCUACAGGUGGGGCUACAAUUACAAGAGAAGAUAAGGUAAAGCAAAUGGUGGACGAAAUGCUAGAGAAACUGCCCGAAGACUUCAACAUGACCGACAUAAUGGGCAAAGUGGAAGAACGUACACCGUACGUUAUCGUAGCUUUCCAAGAAUGCGAGCGCAUGAAUUAUCUUACAACGGAAAUCAAAAGAUCGUUGAAAGAAUUAGAAUUGGGCAUCAAAGGAGAACUAACGAUUACUUCGGACAUGGAGGAUUUGGAAAACGCGUUGUUCCUUGAUCAAGUACCACCAGUGUGGGCUCUAAGGGCAUAUCCAUCCUUGCUGGGCUUAAGCUCGUGGUUCGUAGAUUUGUUGCUGAGAAUCAGGGAACUUGAAACGUGGUCCACGGAUUUUGUGCUACCGGCGUCAGUUUGGCUUGGAGGUUUUUUUAAUCCUCAAUCUCUUCUUACUGCAAUAAUGCAAAGCACAGCAAGAAGAAAUGAAUUACCAUUGGACAAGAUGUGUCUUCAGUGUGACGUUACCAAAAAGCAAAAAGAAGAAUUUACGAGUGCUCCACGAGAUGGCGCCUACAUCCACGGUCUACACAUGGAAGGAGCUCGUUGGGACAUUCAAACGGGCGUUAUCAUGGAUUCCCGUUUAAAAGAACUUUUUCCCGCGAUGCCCGUGAUCAACGUGAGAGCCAUUACUCAAGAUAAACAAGACCUUAGAAACAUGUACGAAUGUCCGGUUUAUAAAACAAGAACCAGAGGACCGACUUACGUGUGGACCUUUAAUUUGAAAAUUAAAGACAAACCAGCUAAAUGGACUUUAGCUGGAGUAGCUCUUUUAUUACAAAUAUAGUUUCCGUUACUUAAAUUCCCA